AUGUUCACUGGAUUUUCGUUUGAUAAGGCCGCCGCCGGCGCCGCCGUGUCGUUCAACUACAAGGACGCGCUGAGCAAGUCCAUCAUGUUCCUGGAGGCGCAGCGCUCCGGCAAGCUGCCGCCCAACAACCGAAUCAAAUGGCGCGGCGACUCCGGCAUGGAGGACGGCAAGCUCGCCCAUGUGGACCUGACGGGCGGGUACUACGACGCCGGUGACAACGUGAAGUACGGGCUGCCGCUGGCGUUCACGGUGACGACGCUGGCGUGGACGGCGCUGGCGUUCAAGCCGGAGCUGCAGGCGGCGGGGGAGCUGAACAACGUGCACGCGGCCAUCCGGUGGGGCACCGACUACUUCCUCAAGUGCGCCGCCAAGAAGAACCACAUGUACGUCCAGGUGGGCGACCCCAACCUCGACCACCAGUGCUGGGUCCGCCCCGAGAACAUGAACACCCCGCGCACCCUCUACGAGAUCGACGACAAGACCCCCGGCACCGAGAUCGCCGCCGAGACCGCCGCCGCACUCGCCGCCUCCUCCCUCGUCUUCCGCGACACCGACAAGGGCUACUCCCGCCGCCUCCUCAACAAGGCCAAGCUCCUGUACCAGUUCGGGCGGAGCCACAUGAAGACCUACGACGGCGAGUGCCCCUUCUACUGCUCCUACUCCGGCUACAACGACGAGCUGCUGUGGGCGGCGACGUGGCUAUACAUGGCGACGAAGCGGCAAGCAUACGCGGACUUCAUCAGCCACGAGGCCAUCUCUUCCAGCGUGGCCGAGUUCAGCUGGGACCUAAAAUACCCAGGCGCGCAAGUCCUCCUCGCGGACCUCAACAUGACAGCCAACGGCGGGCUCCAGAGCUUCAAAACCCAAGCCGACAACUUUGUCUGCGCCGUGCUCCCGGACACCCCGUUCCACCAGGUCUUCAUCACCCCGGGCGGCAUGAUCCACCUCCGGGACGGCGCCAACACCCAGUACGUCACCGGAACGGCCUUCCUCUUCGUCGUCUACAGCGACAUCCUCCUCCGGUCCGGGCAGCAGGUCAUGUGCGGCAGCCAGCCGAUCCCGCCGGCCCGGCUCAAGGAGUUCGCCAAGCAGCAGAUUGACUAUCUUCUGGGGGCGAAUCCCAGGGGAAGGUCGUAUGUCGUGGGCUUCGGGGUGAACCCGCCCACGCAGCCGCACCACAGAGGCGCGUCCACGCCGGUUCUGAAGCCCGGGACCGUGGUGAACUGCGGGAUGAGCUUCGGGGACUGGUUCGCGCCCGACCGGCCUAACCCGAACGAGCUCACGGGCGCCAUCAUGGGCGGGCCGGAUGGGAACGAUGAGUUUGUGGAUAAGCGGAAUGCGUCGUCGUGCACGGAGCCUUGCACUUAUAUUAACUCGCUUUCGAUUGGACCGCUCGCGGCGCUCGCUGUGCGCGGCAAUGAUCUCGUUGCUAGCCAGUGAUCGAUCGGUUGGGCUUGCGACGGACGGGCGUUGGUGAAUCUGGUUGUUAAGUUUAAUUGUUCCUUUCUCUCUUUUUUCUUCUUCUCAGGUUUGAUUUUGUUUUUCUGGUCAGGUUAAUUAGGGUGUACUACAUACGUACGGGAUUAAUUGUAAUCUGCUACGGAGUAUGACUUAAAUCUA